CUUCUUUUUUCUGAAUUUGAGGCUGUAGGAGGCUAGCGCGCUAACGUGCCUAGCAUAGCAUGCUAGUGUGGUUACUAGUUUAAGAUGGACAAUACGGAGGCUGCUCGUCUCUGAUAUGUGCUGUUUAAGCUGAAUGGUGUAUCCAGCUGCAGUUAAUUAGGAGCUAUUUUGCGAUUUUCAUAGCUAGUUUUGCUGUUUUGUAAUCAACCCUAACGCAGGGUGUCGUAAACUGAUGCAAAAGUGGGAUGUGGCUGGAGGCUGGAGCAGGAUGGCGCAGCAGUCAGCCCCCCGGUUCCCCGCCGCUGUCCCUCCGGUGGCUGGGGCAUUACCGCGGAGGCAGCCGUUACUGAGCACUCCCGCCACUCCGCCGUUCCCCGUGAUGAGAGGCCCUGCUCCCGCAGCGCGAGCCCCGUUCGCACGGAUGCCCUUUGACCCCAGCGUGCCGCCGCCGGUGGGCGCCGCCCAUUUACAGAGACCACCGUUCAUUCCACCACCGGUAAGUGCCAUGCCUCCUCCUCCUGGAAUAAUCUUCCCUCCUGGUAUUCCACCUGCGGCUUCACCUGCUGCUGCUCCUUCCCUCACAUCUACAGAGGAGAUCUGGGUGGAAAACAAGAGUCCAGAGGGAAAGGUGUAUUACUAUAACGCACGUACACGAGAGUCAGCUUGGGCAAAACCAGAGGGUGUGAAGGUGAUCCAGCAGGCUGAACUCACGCCUCUGAUGAUGAGCCAGGCUGCAGGAGUGGCAUCCAGCAGCCCCAGCCCAUCAAACAACCUCCCAGCAGCAGCUGCAGCAGCCUCCAGUACCACACACACCACCCAGGCCUCUUCCACAGUCAUGAGCUCCACCUCCACCCCCAGUACGAAUGUAGUCUCGCCUCUCCUACCCACUCCUGGAACAGUUCCAGAAGGCACAGAGCUGUCAUCUGCAGUAACUGCCCCCCACACUGUGGCUGUGACCCACGUAGUUGCUGUAAAUGCCCCCGCAGGAGCAGUCACUGUCACAACAGGGCCACAGCCACUUCCUGUGGCAUUACCCCACACUGUGCCACAGCCCGCUGCUGCCAUCCCAGCAUUCCCCCCGGUCAUGGUGCCACCCUUCAGAGUGCCUCUGCCUGGAUUGCCCAUUCCACUGCCCGGUGUAGCAAUGAUGCAGAUAGUCAGCUGUCCUUAUAUAAAGACUAUCUCUCCCAGCAAGAACGGUAUGCUUCCUGGCAUGGCACCUCCCCUUUUACCCAUGAUGCCUCCUCAGAUGACGGUAGCAGCAACCUCAUCUCCUCUGUUAGGAGGAGAUUGGUCAGAGUUUAAAACUGCAGAAGGGAAGUCCUACUAUUACAACAAACGCACACUGGAGACCACCUGGGACAAGCCCGAGGAGCUCAAAGACAAAGGUCUGGAAAAGGAGCUUGAGAAGGCCAAGGACUCUGCAGAAGAUACUGAGGAUACUGAGCUGAUGCAGGUGGAAGAUGGCAGCCCCAAGAUUGAUCCACCUAUAGAGCCAAAGGAGGAGCCCAAGGAGGUAGAGAUGACUGAAGAAGAGAAGGUUGCUAAGAAAUCCAAACCUGUAGCCACCAACCCCAUUCCAGGCACACCAUGGUGUGUGGUUUGGACUGGUGAUGAUCGUGUGUUCUUCUACAACCCCACCACACGUAUGUCCAUGUGGGAACGGCCGGAGGAGCUGGUGGGGCGAGCUGACGUUGAUAAGAGCAUACAAGAGCCACCACACAAGAGAGGCCAGGACAAUGGCCCUAAGUCAGUAAUUGUUAAGCAGGAACAAGAGCUUGCAGCUACAGAGGACACAUCAGAGGAUGAGCCCAGCAGUGCCAAGAAGAGAAAAUUGGAGGAGAAGAAGGAGGCAGAUAUGGAGAAGGAAGCAGCAGUGGAGGCUGAGCUGAGAGCAGCUAGGGAGCGAGCCGUGGUUCCACAAGAGACUCGGAUGAAUCAAUUCAAAGAUAUGCUGCUAGAGAGAGGGGUUUCAGCAUUUUCUACAUGGGAGAAAGAGCUGCACAAGAUAGUCUUUGACCCCCGUUAUCUGCUUUUGAACCCCAAAGAACGGAAGCAGGUGUUUGAUCAGUACGUAAAGACCCGUGCUGAAGAGGAGAGGAAAGAGAAGAAGAACAAAAUAAUGCAAGCUAAAGAGGACUUCAGGAGGAUGAUGGAAGAAGCCAGACUGGGAGUCAGAACUACAUUCAGCGAGUUUGCAGCCAAGCAUGCUAGGGAUACGCGGUUUAAAGCUAUUGAGAAGAUGAAGGACAGAGAAGCCAUUUUUAUUGAGUUCAUGACCUCUCUCAGAAAGAAAGAGAAGGAGAACUCAAAGAACCGAGGUGAAAAGGUGAGGCAGGACUUCUUCGAGUUGCUGUCUGAUCACCAUGUGGAUGGCCAGCAGCGCUGGAGCAAAGUGAAGGAGAAGAUGGAGACGGACCCCCGGUAUAAAGCAGUGGAGACGUCAGCUGCACGAGAGGAACUCUUCAAAAGCUUUGUGGAGAAGCUCGCCAAGAAUUCAAAUUCAGAGAAGGAAAAGGAGCUGGAGAAGCAGGCACGGAUCGAAGCCAGCCUGAGGGAAAGAGAGCGGACAGUGCAGCGGUUUCGCUCUGAGCAGACCAAAGAGAUUGACCGUGAACGAGAGCAGCACAAACGAGAGGAGGCUGUGCAACACUUCAAAGCUCUCAUGUCUGAUAUGGUCAGAUCCUCAGAUGCUUCCUGGUCUGAGACGCGACGUUCCCUGAGGAAAGACCACCGCUGGGAGUCUUCCUCAUUGCUGGAGCGAGAGGAGAAGGAGAGGCUUUUCAAUGAGCACAUCGAGGCGCUAACUAAAAAGAAGAAGGAGCUGUUCCGCCAACUUUUAGACGAGACGGCCAUGAUCACACUGACAUCAACAUGGAAGGAGGUCAAAAAGAGCAUCAAAGAGGAUCCAAGGUGUAUGAAGUUUUCUAGUAGUGAUCGGAAAAAACAGAGAGAAUUUGAAGACUACAUUAAAGACAAGCACAUUUCAGCAAAAGCAGACUUCAGAACUCUGCUGAAAGAGACCAAGUUCAUCACAUACAAAUCUCGUAAGUUGAUACAGGAGUCUGAGCAGCACCUGACGGAUAUAACGAAGAUCCUACAGAAUGAUAAACGCUAUCUGGUACUGGACUGUAUGCCAGAUGAGAGACAUAAACUCAUCAUGGCAUAUGUGGAGGAGCUGGAGCGCAGAGGACCCCCUCCCCCUCCCACAGCCUUCGAGCCUGCCCGGCGUUCCACUAAGUGAUCUUCUAACUCAAAUACACAUACACACGUUCCAGACCUCCAGCUUUUUUAACUCAUUGUUUGCAGAGUGCCAUCCAUUGCUUAAAUUCUUAAGGCCAGAAACAGACGCUGUUCUCGAAUGCAGGUUUUUGGUACAUUAUCUACUCAUCCUCAGCACAUCUGAAUGAACUAAGGCUGGGUGACCAGUGGAAGCAGGUGUGCUGAUGAAAUUCUGUGAAAAUUUACUUCUGGCCUGAGUGACAGCUGAGAACAUCUGUCUAAAACGGUUAGAGUGGCAGUGCAAGCAGGGAUCUGUUCCAAACCCAGACGAACCCACCUGAUCCCUCUAGCACGAUGGACAUCUGCAUUAGUUCUGCAUGGCUAGCUGUGUUUGUGUUGUGCCAAGGAAAAUGUCCGGGAGCGGGAUUGGCAGAGCAGCAAAGACCACCUGUACCUCCCUAUUCCGCUACUUUUUUCAGAACCUGUGUCUGCCAUGCCAUGCCAUGCUCCCCAUCGCUUGGACUUUUGUACAAACGGUUUGUUGAAACCAGGAUCCACAGUUUCUCUCUCAUAUUUGGGACUGCGGUCAUCCACUGUGGCUUUCAUCUACUGAAGCACCUCGGUUCUUCUGUCAUUUUAACUGACAACUUGUGUAAAAUGUAAGAUAUUUUUUAAAUAAUGGAUGGGUGUUAAUUCCUUCACUAACCAUAUGUAAUGUUAGUCUGUGAAAGCAGUGACAAGUGCCAGUCUGCUGCUAGUGGGGUUUAAUUUAAUUGUUCAGAUGUUUUUGAAAAGAUGACCAUUUUUUGUAGCUUCGGUGUUUCUGUACAAGUUGACCGAAAUAAAGGCAACCUACUUUUUUA